UUCUUUUUUCUGUUAGCCUAACUGCUCACACGAUGUAUCUCUGUGAUUUUGAUAACUAGCAAGUAAUAGGCAGAUUAUCUCAAUUAAAUGGAAAUCUACAUAGAGAAUGUGUUUUCCAUAGACAAUGUAGCUUCUUCUGUUAUUGUUUAUAGGUAUAUCUGUAAAGAAGGGAGUUCUGUUCCCUGUCCCUCUGAUGAGAUUUCUGGCUAUCGUUGUCCUGCUGGUUUUUACUGUCCUUCAGGAUCAAGUAUAGAGCUGCCAUGUCCUCCUGGUACAUUUAGUCCAAUGCCUGGGGCAAGCUCAUGUCUACUUUGUCCUGCAGGAAGUAGCUGUAUGCAUGUAUCCACCGUGGAACCAGCGAACUGCCCACAAGGUAAUUACUGUCCUGCUAUGACUGUGGUACCUGUUCCUUGUCCAGAAGGUACAUAUAACUCAUUAGAAGGAGCUCUUUCAUCUGAUUCAUGUAAAAUAUGCCCAUCGGGGCAAUAUUGCAGAGGGGAAGGAAACUGGCAGCCUGAUGGUAAGUCCAUUUUUUGUUGGCUGUUAUGCAUCACACUAGGAGCACCUUUGUCUUGGGGUGAUAUUUGAUUCUGAGUGGCCUCAAUUUUCACAGCAAUUUAUAGACCCCUAGCACCCCUCGUUUCUAGUUUACAAAUGAAGGCCCUUAUUUCAUAUGGCACAUGAUGAACAAACAAGAGGGAAAGAUACAGCACUGAAAAAAGGCCUAAAUAGAUCCAUCAACUUGAAGGGGUAUUUGAACAUACAUAGAUAGCAUGGGAGGGAUAUUUUGGUAUACAAUAAGAAAAUUAAUUAACUAUGCAAUGAGCUGUGAGUGGCCACUUGAAAGUAUUUAACUUGGCUUGGAGUAACUAGAAAGAGAACUAAAACUGGAAUGAUUUAAUAAGUUAAUAUAUAGAAAAAUGCUUUGUUACUGCACCUAUUCCUGAUUUUUUACCUUUAAAAUAUGUAUUGAUUAACUAAGA